GGAAAAACACAUAUUAAUCAACAACGUUGAACGCUAUACAUCGUUACCUCUUCCUUUUAAAUCCCAUUAAAUGCAGGAGGACAGAAUAACAUGGAAUUCAUUAAACUUUGGAUUUUGUGGAUACAAAUUUCAGUCAAAAACUCAAGUGUUUUGUCGAAAUGAAUUUAAUGUUACUGGACUAUGCUCGGAAAAGUCAUGUCCUUUAGCAAAUAGUAGAUAUUCUACUGUCAAAGAAGAUAACGGUAUAUGCUACCUAUAUGUCAAAACCAUAGAACGAUCCCAUUUCCCUAACAAAUUAUGGGAAAAGAUAAAAUUGUCUAGAAACAUGGAAAAAGCCCAUGAACAAAUAAAGAGCGAAUUAAUUUACUGGCCCAAAUUCAAUGUAAUAAAAUGUCAGAAGAGGUUAUUAAAAAUCAAUGAAUACCUGAAUCGUACAAGAAAGCUCAGAUUAACUUCAAACAAAGAAUUGAUUCCUAUCCGAAGAAAGAUAGAUAGACGCGAAAAACGAAAAGAAUUCAAGGCUUUAAAGGCAGCCAAUAUCGAAACUAACAUAGAGAAAGAACUGAUACAAAGGCUCAAAAAUGGAACAUACAACGAUCUUUACUCCUUCCCUCUUUCCGCUUACGAUAAAGCACUUUCUGACCCCAAAAGGGAACUUAUGGUCGUGGAAUCAGAUGACGAGCCUAUAAGAGAAUAUGUAGCCGAUAGUGAAGUUGACAGUGAUUUCGAGUUAUCGGAUAUUGAAGAUUUAGAACAAUUGAACGACAUAGGUGAUUGGAGAACUGACGUAAUCAAACAAAAACAGUUACAUACUGAUCCACCUCAAAAAAAAAUGCACAUGAAUGAUCCUUUAGGUAGUUCUGAUGAAAAUAGUGAAAAUGCUUAUGGUAACGAUAAAAAUAGUGAAAGAAGGAAAAAGAAAAUUAUAAAAAUUCACAUCGAAAAAGAAGCCACAACUAUUAAUUCGAAAUCAAGAAGUAGAAUGAUAUCACGAAAUAUAUAAUUGUCAUUUUACGAUAAAAACCUGUAAAUGUAUUUAUAAAAUAUUUAUGCAUGUUUUUGUGAAUUAUAUUAUCGAAUCGAAAAAAAUAUAAUACUAUAUAAGAUUUCAAAAUUUUUAUCCAACCGUUUUCAGAGGGCCAGGUUUUUAUUUCAAAACUUUUUAUGAUCGAUAUAUUAGAAAACGAUAUAGGGGAGCUGACUAGUGUGGUUAAAUAGUUGGUAUUACUAGACCACGAUCCUGGUUUUUGGUCUAAAAAAUGAACCAUAAUCGACCCAAACAAAGGAUCGAUCUGGUCGACCAAAUCCCUAGAUCCGAGCACCAACCCAAAACCAAAUUAUUAUAUUUUAUUCUGAAUAUCUCAAUCUAAUUUUUUUUAUGCAUGGAGGACGAUUAUUUCAAUUUUCUUAUAAUCUGAAAAUAUUGUAUAAUUUUUACUUUAUACUAGCGUAUGUAUGUGUAGUCGGGAACCCAAAUUAAAAACGAGAGAGUACAUUAUUUAAAUAGAAACAAUUAUCGCCUUUAAAAAAUGUCAUUUUCACUUUUUACUGAGGUAUAAAUGGAGCCUAUUAUAAUGAUUAAUAGAGGGAAUACUGUUUUACCUUUACAUUUAAUAAUGCCUGCCCUUGCAAUGAUUGUAAGCAACCUAUUCACUGUCUUUAUUG